AAGACGGAGGGAACUGCUGGGACCCGGCUGUAACAACAUACACAGCCAUAGUUUUAGUUUCAGCUGUUCAGGGCCUGAGCAAUAUAGUCGUACAUUUUAGUCUGGAAAUAAAAACUAGAACGCAGUAGCGCAGUGAUUUAUUUACGAACACUCAGGGUGUGAAAAGCGGACUCGGUUAAGGUGUAACUACAAUAUUUUUUAAUAUAAUGGGGGAGGUUGCCUUGUUCGUGUUAUUGUUGCUCAAUUAAUGGCAAUGCUAAAUGCAUAGUAACCGAAAUCGUGGGCGUAAAAUACAUUGGACAGUAAAAAUAAAAACUAUUUGCAAGGUUUUCUAGGCAAGGGCUUGGUUUUAAGCGUCAGAUUUAACAUGUUUUAAUUUUUUUAGCCACGACGUUUAAAUGUAAAUGACUUAAGUUGAUUUUCCAAACGAAAGAGGAGUAUGGUGAGGGGGACAUCUUUUGUCUUCACUGUGCUGGAUAUGCUAAUAUGAAUGACAGGACAGUGUCGGUAAAGCUUUUUUUUUAUUUUUUAUUUUUUUUAAUUAUUUUUAAUGUUUCAUUGUUAUUUCAGUCCUGGUAACACUGUUGCAUUUUUCUUUUUAGUGGAACAUAGAGGUAGUCUUGGAAGAUCAACAUUGAUAUUGCAGUGUGUCUUUUGAGUAACCUAAAGCGAACUGUAAACUUGCAUUUAACUAGUUUUAUUUAUUUAUUUAUUUAUUUAUUUAUUUAUUUGUUUGUUUUCUUUUAACGUAACUAUAGUUUACGGUACAUACAAGGGACUUUUAUUUGUUUCAUGCUGGAGAUUAAUGACAAAAGUGAAACUGGUCGUGACUUGGCCGCGUUAGGUGUACCCUACACAUGCUGUAGAAAAAAAUAGCGCUUGGUCGAGUCGACAUCGACACGAUAGAAUAGAAUCCAUUGUUACAAGUUUUGUUUAGCCCAGAUCCUUGUUUGAUGAUUUGGUAUUAAUUUGAGUAAUAAAACGUAUUUCUAGAACUAAAUACUUUUUUUUUUUCAUUCAAAAUAAAUUUUAACAAGUGUAUUCAAAAUAGAUGUGAUUCACAAGUCUUUCUCCAUCAAUUGCUAUGGCCUGCAGUUUAGUCUCAAAUAAAUUUGCUCUCUUGGUUGGGAAAUACGUCCACUUCAUCAUCAGUUUCAGCCUUUUGGGAAAUGUGGUUCAAGCAGAGCACAAUGAAAAUGUAUAUGUUUCAGGGAUUUCCAGUGCCUGUGGAGAUGUUCCAGAGCAAAUCAGGGCACCGAGUGGAAUCAUCACCAGCCCUGGGUGGCCAUUUGAAUAUCCAGAUAGAAUCAACUGCAGUUGGUAUAUUAGAACUAACCCGGGUGAAAUCAUAACUAUCAGUUUUCAGGAUUUUGAAAUUCAGAGCGCUCACAGAUGCAGCUCUGAUUGGAUCUCUAUUGGAACUUACAAAACCCUUGAUGGCUAUCGGGCUUGUGGCUCCUCAAUUCCAGCACCUUACAUCUCUUCCCAGGACCAUGUGUGGAUCAAAUUUCAUUCAGAUGAUAGUGAGACUGGGAAAGGCUUUAGGCUUUCUUACAUAACAGGAAAACCUCAGGAGCCCAGCUGUGACUGGGAUCAGUUUCACUGUGCAAAUGGGAAAUGCAUCCCUGAGACUUGGAAAUGCAACACAAUGGAUGAAUGUGGAGACAACUCGGAUGAAGAGCUAUGUUUGCAGUCCAACCCCACUACUGCCUACUUUUUUGAGCCUUGUGCAUUUAACCAGUUCCAGUGUCUUUCACGCUACACCAGAGUUUACACUUGCCUUCCAGAAUCCCUUAAGUGUGAUGCCAACAUUGACUGCCAAGAUUUGGCAGAUGAGAUUGACUGUGACGUUCCAACAUGUGGGGAGUGGCUCAGAAACUUCUACGGUACCUUCAACUCUCCCAAUUAUCCUGACUUCUACCCACCUGGGAGCAACUGCACCUGGAUUAUCGACACAGGCGAUCAACGUAAGGUCAUUUUGCACUUUACGGAUUUCAAGCUUGAUGGUACAGGCUAUGGGGACUAUGUUAAAGUGUAUGAUGGUCUGGAAGAGCAUCCCCAUAAGCUUCUGCGUGUCCUGACGGCAUUUGACUCUCGAGCACCGGUUACAGUCAUCUCUUCCUCUGGGCAAAUCCGGAUUCACUUCUAUGUGGAUAAGAUCAAUGCAGCUCGUGGGUUUAAUGCCACCUACCAGGUGGAAGGUUUUUGCUUGCCAUGGGAGAUCCCAUGUGGGGGCAAUUGGGGCUGUUACACAGAGCAGCAGCGAUGCGAUGGCUACUGGCACUGUCCCAAUGGCAGGGAUGAGGUGAACUGCAGCACAUGCCAAAAGGAUGAGUUUCCAUGCACCAGGAACGGGAUCUGCUACCUCCGCUCAGAGCGCUGUAACUACCAAAACCGCUGUCCCAAUGGCUCUGAUGAGAAGAACUGCUUCUUCUGCCAGCCAGGCAACUUCCACUGCAAAAACAACCGGUGUGUUUUCGAAAGCUGGGUCUGCGACUCUCAGGAUGACUGUGGAGACGGCAGCGAUGAAGAGAACUGUCCGGUGAUUGUCCCAACCCGGGUGAUCACUGCAGCUGUUAUUGGGAGUCUCAUCUGUGGUCUGCUCCUUGUUAUAGCGCUCGGGUGCACAUGCAAACUUUAUUCGCUGAGGAUGUUUGAGCGAAGGUCAUUUGAAACCCAACUGUCAAGGGUUGAGGCAGAGUUGCUAAGAAGGGAGGCACCCCCCUCCUACGGCCAACUGAUUGCACAAGGUUUGAUCCCGCCAGUGGAAGAUUUCCCAGUGUGCUCAGCAAGCCAGGCAUCAGUGUUGGAAAACCUCAGACUAGCAGUACGUUCCCAGCUUGGAUUUACUUCAAUCAGACUUCCAACGACUGGGAGAAGCAGGAACAUUUGGAGACGCCUCUUCAAUUUCACAGGGUCUCAACGCUCUGGUUCCCUGGCUUUAGUCUCUGGUGAUGCAGAGGAUGGCACUGCUGAAAACUGCACAGCCAGAGAGCCUGAAAGAACUGGUGCACACGAAAGUCUUCUUCCCCUUGAUUCUGACGACACUGACGCAGGGAGUGAGAGGCAGGACAUCCCAGUUGCAUUCAGGGGAGUCUCUGCUUUGCUACCUCAGAAGACCCCACCAACGACCGCAGUGGAGGUUACAGUAGCACCGUCCCGAAGUGCAACACCCCGGCAGGCAAGCAGGAACAACACAGGCAAUGCAAGAGAAGUUGGAACUGUUGAACCCCCCUCUCUCGGCCCAGGUAGACAACAACUAACCAAUGCAUUCAGUCGUAUGACUCAAAGUCUUCGAUGGGUAAGCUUCUCUCUCAGAAGAUCCUGCUCAACAAACCCGAACCAAAGCCCUUUACGGCAGCUUGAUCACGGGAACGGUAGAAGAGAUGAAGACGACGACGUGGAACUGUUGAUUCCUGUUUCUGAUGCAGCAUCAGACAUUGACUUGAACGACUGUUCUAGGCCUUUACUUGAACUUGCCUCAGAACAACAUGGGCAGGGGCCUAUCCACCCUAAUGCUGCUACAUUACACAGAGCAAGGCCACCUAGCAGGGAUGGGCCUUGUGAACACUGUGGUGUAGUUCAUACUGCUCAGAUACCUGAUGCAUGCUUGGAAGCAAUUGUAAAAAGUGAAACGAGUGAUGAUGAAGCAUUGCUGCUUUGUUAGGUACUAUAUUUAAUAUAGGUACGCUACAAUUUUAGGAAUCUGUUUAAUGCUUUAUUUUUUUAUUUAUUUUUUUUUUAUUUAUUUAUUUUUAUCUUAGCUUUUAAGAUAAUGCCGCUCUAAAACAGCUGUGCAGAAGCUGCAUGCAGUUUAUAAUACAGCCCAAGUGCUCCCCAAAAGUGGAUCUUUUUAAGUUAAUUUUAUUUUAAGAAAAAAAAAAAAUCAAGUUCUCUUUUAAAACAAUAUAAAUGUUACUGUGCCAGUUGUCAUCUUACUCCAUGGAGUGAUAAAAUUAUAUCUUUUGAAGACUGCACUUCUGAAUAUUUUUAUACAUAGCAAAAUCAGCAAAAUAUUUAAUGCAACCUCACACAUUUUAGAAAAGGCAUAAAUAAGAACCCAAGAGGUCCCACACUGACAGUAAAAUAACCUGAUGUCUAAACUAUGAUUAAAAGCUGAAACAUUGUGAUUCCUAAUCUUCAAAAUUGAAUGAAUUAAAUUUAUUAUAUUAAUAUGGCUUCAGGCAUUUCUUUAAAAGAUACCAUCUAUCCUUAAAGGGGAAUUUACAAACAAGGACACUGGCUUACCAUUUUAUUGGUACUAUGUUUAAGGAGAUUGAGAUCUGUGAUCGCACCCCCACUCCCCAUUGGUACUCGGCUAAUUACAAAAGCUUUUGAUUUUAAUUAGUAAGGCUAAAUUAUUCAAUUGGACAGAGUGGAAAGGAACGGUUUGCAAACUCUAUAAUGUCUAAUCCACAGCUGUUAGUGUUAUUUAUUACUUCAUUAUUUUUUGUAAACUAAAUGUUUUGGUACUGAACAUGUGAUUGUAUAUGUAUUUAUUUGUCUUUUGGGAAGCAUGUUGCAAAUUGUCUUGUGCAUUUGUUGUGAUAUGCUGUCA